AACAAUAGCAGCACCGAGCAGUGAAUCCAUCCACGUAAAGCCCCCUGUCAGGUCGCCCUGGACGGUCGGACCCAUCGGUCGUGGCAGGCAAGCGGGGAAAGUAAGUCGGGAGCCUCCGAUAGGCGCGGGAGCUUCUGCUGCGACUUAUCGACCUUCCCUCCUGUACGGCGUCUCGCCUGCCUCCAUCUGUCGACCACUGUCCCCCCGACUCGCCACUAUUCUUACCUGCACCGAGGAUCUGGAAUCCCUCGUUACCGCUAGAUAAUCGACACAGCCCGAUACCCGCGAGAAAAGUCUUCCGCAACCCCCACAAUGUCGGACGAUGACGAUUUCAUGCAAGACUCCGGUGACGAGGAGUACGACUUCGAGUACGAAGAUGCGGACGACGACGAGUCCGGCGACGUUGGGAUCGAAAACAAAUACUACAAUGCCAAACAAAUAAAGAUAGACUCCCCGGAGGAGGCGAUCGUGGAGUUUCUAGGGGUACCGCCGCUAGAGGAGGAGAAAGGCGACUGGGGAUUCAAAGGUCUCAAACAAGCCAUCAAAUUGGAAUUCAAACUCGGGCGGUACAGCGAUGCUGUCGAACACUACAGGGAACUGCUUACCUACGUCAAGUCGGCCGUUACGCGGAAUUACUCCGAAAAGUCCAUCAACAACAUGCUCGACUACAUCGAGAAAGGCUCGGACGACGACAAAGCCUACCAGUGCAUGGAAGAGUUCUAUUCGUUGACCCUCCACUCGUUCCAGAACACGAAUAACGAGCGCCUAUGGUUAAAAACAAACAUCAAACUCGCCCGCCUCUGGCUGGAGCGCAAGGAAUACGGCCAACUGAGUAAGAAGGUGCGGGAAUUACAUCGAGCAUGUCAACGCGAAGACGGAUCGGACGACCCGAGUAAGGGCACUUACCUGCUGGAGCUAUAUGCGCUCGAGAUUCAAAUGUAUGCGGAGACGAAGAACAACAAACGGCUGAAGGCUCUGUACCAGCGUGCGCUUCGCGUGCGGUCCGCCGUGCCGCACCCCAAGAUCAUGGGGAUCAUCCGAGAGUGUGGAGGCAAAAUGCACAUGAGCGAGGAGAACUGGGAGGAGGCGCAGAGUGACUUUUUCGAAUCAUUCCGCAAUUACGACGAGGCGGGUUCGAUGCAACGGAUCCAGGUGCUCAAGUACCUCGUGCUGACCACCAUGCUGAUGAAAUCGGACAUCAACCCGUUUUACUCGCAAGAGACCAAGCCCUAUAAGAGCGACCCGCGUAUCUCCGCCAUGACUGACCUGGUCGACGCCUUCCAACGAGACGACAUCCACGCCUACGAAGCCAUCCUUAGCAAAAACCCCGACGUGCUAGCGGACCCAUUCAUUGCGGAGAACAUCGACGAAGUGAGCCGGAACAUGCGAACCAAGGCCGUCCUCAAACUCAUCGCGCCAUACACCCGGUUUUCGCUCAGCUUCAUUUCCAAGCACAUCAAAAUCUCGGUGCCCGAAGUCCAGGAUAUCCUUAGCUUCCUAAUCCUUGACAAGAAGCUCAACGCCAAAAUCGACCAAGAGAGUGGAACCGUGGUAGUGGAGAGUACUAGCGACGUGGAUCGACUACGAUCUCUGGAGGAGUGGAACGCAUCGCUUCGGACCCUCUGGCGCGCCACCCUAGACGACGGGGAAGGAUUCAAGAGCGACGAGGCGUCGCAGCUCCACGGAUUGAGAGGCGGACCGACCUUCCCGUCGGGCUUCGGUGAUGAUAUGCCUGCAGGGGGCGGACGUGCUGGCAGUCAUCGAUUACGGAGUACCGGCUGGAAGGGUAAAGGGGCCGCGAAGGCAGUAGGACCCCGGGGGUUUUAAUUUUAGAGUGAAUGGGGAAAAAAUAAGGAACGGGGAAGGCGGAAGAGAGAAGGUUGAGAGAGAGGGGCGGACGGGCGACGAGAGAAAAUCGACCGGAUAUAAUCCUUGUUAAGCUGCAGAGCGGAACA